GGAGGAGGAGGAGGAGGAGAAGAGAAGAAGCGGGGGAGCACCCGUCUCCCUGGCGGCGGCAGCAGGCGCCCUGGCCUCCCCGCCCCUCCCCGCGUCGCCGGGGCGCAGCUGCGUCUGGGCGGCCGCUGGGCCCGCGCCCUGGUCCUCGCGCCUCCCGCCCGCGCCGCCCGCUGGGCCCCGGUGUCGCCGCGCCGCCCCGCCCGGAGGGGCCCGGCCCUGGAGGAGCAUCUUGUGACUGUUUUUACUUAACUGGUCACUGAAACCUCGACAAGCAUGGAGAUCAGGUUGGAAGUUUUGACGUCGACCACCAUCAAGCAGAAGAGGCCCUGGCCCCGCGUCUCCUGGUUGGGACAGGAAAACGAAGCCGUUUUUCUUUUGGAUGAUAAACUCAUACAUGAAGUUAAUUUGCUGUCGGGAAGGACAAAGAAGAAAAUCCCUCGCCUGCAGCCUUUCUUGCAGCACCUUGUGGUCCUCACAACGUCCAGUAAUGAUGCCUGGCUGGCUGGGGUCCUUACUACUGGGGAGCUUUUCCUUUGGAACAAAGAUCAAGAUUGUUUGAAAACUAUCCAGGCAGCUGAGAAGCCGAAGGAAAUGAUUAAGGCUGCAGUAGCAAGCUCGUUGAGACUCUAUUUGUAUGUCUCUGGAGAUGGAAAAAGAGUUCUGAUUGUAACUCCCUCUGGAGGCAUAUUUCUUUGGGAAUAUUUGGAAUUCAGGAAUGUCUUGUCUUCUAAAAGCCCUUCAUUGAGGGGCCAGUGGUCCCAGAUCACACCUGAAGAAGCAGUGCGUUUGCCUUCCACUGAAGAUAAAGAAGCUGUGGUGCAUGCUGCUUUCAUAAAAAAUGAGUUAUUGGGCGACUGCUGCUUGUGCGCAUUUACGUUUUAUUCUGGGGAGUGUCUGAGGUUGACAUGUCUAGCAAUUCGGUGGCAUGAGAAUGUGUUUCCACCUGUGAGAUCCUUGCCAUACCGUGUUCACUGGGCCCAGCAAGAUUGCCUUCUGCGUAGUCUGAUUCCUACGUGUGAAUCAGUCAAGUCAAGAGGAGCUCUAAUUUCUGCCUUUUCAAGAGAUGGCCUUACCCUGGCAGUAACUCUGAAUCAGAAAGACCCGAAGGCAACUCAGGUAUUAUUUGUAAACACACUGAAUUUUGUUACUCUCUGCGGAAGCCUUAAAGGCUGUAGCAAUAAGAGCCCCAUGGUUCCUGCUACCCUUGUCAGGUCGUACUGGGUAGGCGACAUCAGCUGGACCCAUGACAGUCUUUUCCUGGCCUGUAUGUUAAAACGUGGCUCCCUGGUUUUACUGACUUGCCAAGGUGAAUUGCUAACACUGAUCACGCAUGGCUGCUCGGUAGAAUUUGGGCCAGCCGAGUUUAUUCCUCUCCACCCGCUCAUUACAUACAGACCACCACACUGCACCUUUCCAGAUUCAACUCAUUCCGUAGACUCGUCGGCGUCGGCCAGCGACCCGAUGCGACAGAGGUUUUCCGUGAAAACCCACUCCCGGUUGCCCUACCUCGUCGCUUCUGACGGCUACAUGGUCACGACCCUCCGCUUCGUCGACAGCCUGUCUCCCUCGGGGCUGCUGCGGGCCCUUCUGCUGGACGCGGCGCAGCGGCUUGAGCAGGCGCACCGCAGCGUGGCGCUGUCUGAGCCACGAGGCAAAGGGCUGAACUUGCGAUCCCUGGGGUCCCUGAGGUCGAGCCUGUUAAAACGCCAAGGAAGCGAGCGGCCGGCGGCUUCUCCCGCCCCCGGAUUCUUACAGGAAGAAGAAACGAUGAAGUCGCAUGAAAAGACAGAUUGGCAGGAUUUUGAAGCAGAGGACACUAACGAAAGCACAUACUUCCCAAACAACUUGCUCCCUUUUUGGAACAAGGAAAAUGACCCAUCGUUGAGCGGUGCCAAGGAGGGGAGAUUGGAGUUUGCGUCUAUGUUCGACACAGUACAUGCGAAGGACCCUGCGGAGGAGACCGACGGAACCAUCGCAGAGCUGCACUCGGUCCAGAAGAACCUCCUCGCCGCCUGGACGAUCGGAGUUUCAAAAAACGUGACGGAAAGAAGCGUGCUGCUAAACUACACAGUAGUUUGCAUUACUUAUUUUUUCUACGUUCUUCAGUUUAUCAAAUGUCCGUUCCCGACACUCGAUCUUUCCUUAAGCAAGAGACCCAGGCGUGACGCGUGGGUGCUGUGCGUCUUCCAACUCUUCCGUCAGUGCUUGUCGGCCCAGCGCUGGGACCCGCGGGGCCGGCCGGCCGUGAGGGCCCUGGUGGCGCUGGCCGCCGGCGCGCUGCAGCUCCUGCUGGCCCGGCCGCCGCGGGGCCCGGCCUUCUCCCAGAGGCUGGCCGCCUGCUUCCACUUACUCGGGAUGGUGGCUGACCGCUUAAACGGCAGAGACCGCCUCCAGCUGGAAGUCUCGGCGACAGCUGAUGGGAGUAGAACAGCCCGUCAGGACUCCCUGGUGGUUCCCGUUUUUCAAACAUUUCAAGAUAGUGCUUCCCGGGACGGCUGGCCUGGGAACGCGUCUUUCCAGACUCGUCCUCCGGUAGUCAGCCUCGUUCAGCAGCCAGGACGCAGAUUGGUGUUUCUGUGGAGAGUCCUGUAUCAAAAGACUUUAUGGUAUCAGAGCCAGUUAAGUCGAAGAGUUCCUGAAGGUGACAGGCCGUUACCUGCAAAGGCGGCCCAGGAAGCAGCUGCUGUCCGGUCCCUGUUAUGUCACAUCCAGGCGAACCUACAGGCGGCCGGAGCCUGCCUGAGCCAAACCUCAGAGCUCAAACCUAUCUGCGGCGAAGAGUGCUUCCUGUUAGGAUCCUAUGAAAAGGCUGUUGAGCUGUGGAGGAAAGCUCUGCAAGAAACCCAAGGGAACGGAGGAAGAAGGACCUGCUUUCUUCAGAUGCGCUAUUACCUGUCCCUUUUGUACUGCCACCUGUAUAGCUAUAAUUUAAACGAUGCCCAAGGAUUGUGCGAUCAGCUAGUGAGAGAACUGCUGAGAUGGUCCCACCUACCUGUAAGGGAAAAUGAAGAUAGUUCGGCUCCCGCGUGGGGACCGCCCGGGCCUGCCCACCCCGAGGCCGCAGUGAGGGUCGUCCAGUCCAUGGCCCGGUUCAUGGCCGCCUAUUUCACCAACCAGCGGCUCUGCAUUCUGCCCCCUCACCACGUGAACGUCCUGCCUCCCCUUCACAUUAAAACAGAGCCGGCCCCGCGGUGCGUCCCCCUGCAGCACGCCGCCGUGGCCAGCGCCGUCCGGGAGCAGAGCCUCGCCCGCGUGUGGACCGUGGACUACGCCCUGGAGCUGCUGCUGGUCGGCGGCCUGGUCCCGGAAGCCGUGUGGCUGGCACGGGAGCUCGGGGACUGGAAGACGGCGGUGUCCAUCGGCGUGGCCUCCCAGCUGAGCCGCCGGGGCCGCCGCCCCACCAGGCUCAAGAAAAAGGGCCAGAAUCUGCCGUUCAACAUGACUCCAGCACGGAUUUUCCAGGAGAAACUCCAGUGUCUGUUAGGUCAGCCGGCCUCUUCGGGAGCAAAAAGAGAAAUGGGCCCAAAAUACAAACAGUUUACAGAUCCCAUCGAAGAGGAGGACGCGCACCUGCUGCUGGGCUCCGUGCGGGGCGUGCUGAAGGCCGCGGCCAUGGCUGAGGCGGACGUGCUCUCGGAGACCUGGCGGCUUCUGAUCGGCUCCGCCAAGGACUUCAGCCGGAGGCUCCGGGGCCUGGUGCCUGGCGGCCUGUACCUCCCCGCUCCUCCGCUGUACUGUCCUCAGCCAGCUCUUCUCAGCGAAGAGGACGGUGACGACCUUCUGUUACGAGCCGAGAAGGAGAACCGCCAGAAGGUGUCGGGGAUCCUGCAGCGCCUGCUCCUGCUCCUGCGGGCGGCGCGCUGCUCCUUCCCGGCCGCGCAGUGGUACAUCCUGCAGCUGAGGUGGGCCAGGAAGGUCAUGCAGAAGAUUCGAAUGAAAGGCUCCCUCCCGCCCCUGAGUCCCUUCCCUCCGUCAUUGCUUCACUACUGUGUGGGCGGCGUAGCCUUCUUCCGACCUGGAGCAACGGGAGACAACAAGCUGGAUGAGGCUUCCAUUAAAGCAAUAGGGUGCUUCCGAGAGCUGUGUGCGUUGUGCUGGAUGCUGCAUGUCCGCGAUAAGUUAUCCUCCAGUUGCAGGCAGUAUCAGAAAGCGAGAGAAAACGUGGAGGGAAAGAAGGACCUGGCAGUGGAGUUUGACUCUUGCGCGGUUGAGCACUGUCUCUGUGCGGUGGAGUGGGCUUGCAGAAUGCUGCCCUUCUCUCGGUUUUCUAACAUCGAAGAACUGAUUCAGGACCUCAUUUUGAGCCUUAUUGGAGAGCUGCCACCGAUCAGGAAGGUAGCAGACAUGUUUGUGAAAGCAUUUCCCAAUCCUGAGGACGUCAGGGUUCCUUUAAGAGAAAAGUAUCACUCCCUCCGGCAAAGACUCGGCCACUGCGUCGUGAAAGGCCCCCACACCGAGGAAGCCAUGUCUGUCGUCAUGCGUUCCAUCCACAAAGUGAGGGUGAAGGCCCUCAAACGCGUGCAGAGAAACAUAGGUCCCUUUGAGAGGCACGUCUGGGAGCCCGUGGAGGACGACAAGCCCGCCGAAGGUCCCGAGUUCGAGGGGUGCUCCCUGGGGACGAGCCUGAGCAGGAGCACACUCACAGACCUGGGCACGCCCCCGGGCCACAGCGAGGCCGACUCGCUCUCGGAGACUCGAUCAGCCGGAGGAAGGAGUGGGGCGCAUUUCUAUCGCAGAAAGGCUCCACGUCACGUGGAAUCAGCGUUGACUGCUAAGCCCGGUGCUGACAAGAGCGUGGCGGAGCCGAAAGGAAGCCCCACGGGAAGAGGCCAGGAACCGGUGCUGCAGAACGCACCUCCUGUCAUAGGCGUCUGGGAGUUUGAACGCGAUGACGACGAGUACGUGAAGUUCCUGGACCUCUUCCUGAGUUACGUCCUGGAGCGAGACCUGCGUGGUAGCGAGGACCCCGGCAUCCCGUUGCUGACGAGCUUCUCCGGGCACCUUAGAGAACAGGAACUCAACCCUCUGCUCUCGGGCCUGCACACAGCACUGCACCGCCCGGGCCAAGCCAGGGGCCAGGGCGUGUUCCGAGCGGGCUCCUGCUUUGAGGUCGCCCCGGAGCCUGAGGACCCCGAAGGCCCGGCGCCUCCGGCCCCCGGGCUGGCCGCCGGGACCAGGCCUCCUCCAGAGAACCCCCUCGGUGAUUUUAAUGAAAAUGGGGGGAUGAGCGGCUUGUUCGGCCUAAAGCAGAAGGCACUGUACAAGACACAAGGGGACGGGACAGAGAAGCCUUGCGUCCUGAGGGUGUCGAGCCGGAGUCCGUGGGCUCCCGAGGGCAGUCGCAGGGGAAGGUGCGUGUUCAGAGCGAUCGGGGGCAGUGACGCGGACCCCCUGGCCAAGCUCCCUCCUGCGCUGGGUGCAGCGGGCGGCGCGGGGCUGCGGGGGCUGCUGGAGUGGAUGCUGCGGUGGGCCGCCCGCAGGCUGCCCUGCGACCCCAGCCUCCCGGCGCCCGCCCAGGCCCGGCCCGUCCUCCGGGUGAGAACCUCUGCGGCUGCCAUUCUGACAUCACUGUGGCUCUCGGAACAGCCCUACGCUGCUGCGUACAAGGCCAGGAGUGCCGUUAUGGAGGAGCAAGAGCGUCCUGGCCCUGGGUCUCCGAUGGGGCCCCCCCGUGAGGGUGCCUGUGGGACGCGCGCCGGCCGCUCAGGGGCAGGGUCCGGGCCAGCGGGGCCUGACGGAGGGGACGGCCACGGUGAACCUCGCCGGAGCGUCUUGACAAUGCCAACUGAAGCCCGAACCCCUGAAAUAAAGGAAGCCAAUGAGGAGGGUAUUUCUGUCACUGAUGACACCGAUAAACAAGUUGUAGACAUCAUCGAUGAGGAUCUUUUAAGAGGAGACACAUUUACACAGGAGGAACUGGAGACACUCCCACCAGACCAUGAAGAAGACGCCAAAGGACCUGUGCGAAGCCCCGCGAGUCCCCACGCUGCCGCUCACACACAGAUGUCACCGCGGCUGUUAGAACAUUCCACAGGAGCGGCUCCGUGUCCACGGGGGGAGCCAGUGGAGAAAUGUGUGGAGGAAAAGCCAGCGGCACAGAAUGGAGCACAGACCCCUGCAUGUAAAGAGAAAUCGUCUCCAGACCCACCCGUGGUGCCCAAUGGAGUCAGCGUUGCUUCACAAACCCUGGUGCCCACGCCCCCGCGGGCCCCGCGCCGCGAGCCCCGGGCGCGGCUGCCAGACUCUCCCGGUUCUGUGAGGCAGAUGCUCCAGGACGAGGUGUUCAAGUUAGUCCAGCUGCAACAGAUCAACUUCCUGACUCUGAUGCAAAUAGCAGGGUCGUCCCUUCCCAGCCUCCCGGACGCACACGCACGGGCACAGCAGCCGCCGUCUGCGCGUGUGGCGGGAAGCCCAGUGUCCGGCCCGCCCGGCGGGAGCGGUGGUGACAGCGCCAGGGGAAAUCUGAAGGAGAAACUGCCCAUCCAGCUCCCGUCCACGGGGCAGCCUGGCGCGGGGGGCGCGCCCGCCCAUCCCGGAGCCGUUCCGGCCGGGCCGAGUGGCGGUGACCAUUCGCAGAAUGUUCCACACGGGCGUAUUCCUUGUCAAUUAGAAGGCCAGCCUCGGAACAGUGGACUGUCUGCAGCCCCUGAAAGCUUGCCGCCGGCAUCGUGUCCCCCGGGCCCUGCGGGGCACGCUCCCCUCCACCUCGUGUCCCCGCCUUCUGCCCUUCCGAAGGCACCUACGCUUCCCGCUGCCACGGCGCCCAGACCGGGCGAUGCUUUUCCCCUGCUCCAGUUACAGCCUGAGCAGGGACUUAAGCCCUUUGCCUUCCCGGCAGAAAGGGCUCUGCGGGUUCCCCCCAGAGGUCUGCCGCCGCCCAGAGAGGCCUGGGGGCCCCCCAGUUCACGCCAGCCCCCCGCACCCCCGAGAGCGAUGCACACGUCAGCGCCCCCUGGGACCCGGAGCCAGCGGAAUACGGACGCCCAGCGGCCGGCAGUGGGGCAGAAGACAGGGGCGGGGGCUGGCAUGACAGACAUCCCGAAGCACUUGAACUUGGAUCAGUACGUUGGGCAGGAAAGCGUGACACCUCAGCAGGACUCUUCGGCAGUUACAAAGCCAGAAGGAGUGUUUGACGUUAAGCCGGGGCCCCUCGAGUCAUCUCCUCAUUAUGCCUUCGGAUUCCCGUUACUGCACCUGCAGCCCAAACCUGCUUUUACGUUUUUCUCCGUCGCAAGAGCUCCGGUGGCGGUUCCCUCCGCACCUGUCAGAGCCGCCGCGGGAGCGGGGACGCACCCAGGGUUUUCCUUCCUCCGCUCCUGCCCGUCGCAGGAAAACGCGUACAGAACCCCUCAGCUUACUCUGAUUGGAAACCUCAUUGCGUCUAAGCAAAGCCAACAGAGACCACCCCCCGAUUUCCUGGAACAAGGCGAUCCUGGGCACCUGCAGCUUGGAAAGGACAAAGGGGACCCUCCUGAAGUGAGGCCAGGAAAGGGCGGCAAGAAAAGGCAAAGACGACGAGCUGAGAAAGAGCUGCAGGAAAACAGCUCCGAGCAGCAAAGGAGAAAACCUAGUGUGACCGUGCACCCAGGCGCUGCUGUCCUUCCUGACCAUGACUCAGGGGCAGCUGGGAGAGCCGAGGAGCAGCGAGAACAUCGUGGUUCCCAGACGUUGGAUGCCUUCGAAAUCCCUCUGGAAACGCUACACGAUGACGUCACCACCUCCGCUGGGCUGCAUUUCCUGGCCUCUGUGAGGAAGAAGGCUGUGGAAUGCCAGGAUGCAAGUACAAACACAGACCCAGAUAAAGAAGCUGCUUCCCAAGUGGUUUCUGAAUGUCGGAAAAAUCAACAAGCCAUCUCCUCCACAUCAGAAUGUGAACCUUUGACUGUCCCUCAGCCGUUGGCCCCAGAUGUGUUUCUGAACCUCAAGCUUCCCUCCGAAAGGGCAGAGAAGCCUUUGGUACCUUUGGCACUGGACACGGUUGGACACACUUACCUAAAUGUGAUUGACAUUGAAGCUGGCGACCUGCAGGAAGUGCCUGUCAGAGAGCCUUCCGAUGACGACAUCCUCCCAGGGCAGGCAGAAGGCCCGUCCUCUGCGGUGUUACAUCACAUGGCCGCGUCCGUGACCAGCGCUGCUCCCCUGCGCAGGGGGAAGAGUCAGGGACCUGCCAGUUCUGCGGUGGACUUCCCUCUCACACCUGCAGAGGUGUCGCCAUCCUGUGUGGAGGGGGGAAGCUGGAGAGCAGGCGCUGCCCAAGCGGAGGAGCCUGGGGUCCCCUCCCCUCCAUCGUCAGUCAGAGAGGACAGAGACGUGCCGAAGCCAGCUUUCCAAUUCAGAGAAGAGAGCUCGCAGCUGGAUGCUGCAGAAGGGGGCGGGCUGCGGGAUUACCUGCUGCAGGAGCUGCUGCAGGGCGCCUCCACUCCUGGCCCCGCGCCCAGCCCGCACCCCCAUCCCCGGCUGCAGCGCCUCAGCUCUCAGCUCCGGAAAAUUGACGCACAGCUGCUGGCGAUACAGAGCAUCGCUGACCGCAUCGAGCAGGACUUCCCCGAGCACGAGCACCGGAUGGUGGGCCCGGUGGUGGACCGGCACUGCAAGGAGGUUGAAUCUGUGGAUGACAUUGAAUUGUCUGGCCCUGAAUCUGAAAAAACACUGGCUUCAAAACCCAUUACCAUCUCCAAAGAAGACUCUGGAUUAGUGCAUUUCCUGACUCAUAUGAAUAAGGAAGAUCAAAGUGACAAAGAACAGUCUUUUGAAGAUGAAUUUUCAGUAACAGAAACUCAUUCUCGUCCGAAAACGUGUGUGUUUCCUUCUGCCGAUUCAGCUCUCAGCCUCUCUAGUGACCAGAAUACAAGUUUUCCUGGUGUGAAUAACCAUGAUGAGUUAUUUGAGAGCGUUUCAGCAGAUCCACUCCAGAUGACGGGGCUGACUGACAUUGCAGACAUUAUUGAUGACCUUAUCACCAAAGAUGGAGUUUCCAGCAAAGAGCUGGGCUUAACAGAACAACAAGCCAGGAGCAUCUCUAGGAUUCAGCAAUCUUCCGGUAGCCGACCUGGAAGAACUGCCAAGGAGAGAAGAGAGAUUCAAGUCUGGAUGAGAAGAAAGCGGAGAGAGAGGAUGGCGGAGUACUUACACGAGCUGGCGGAGAGGAGGGGGCAGGAGCACGACCCCUUCUGCCCCAGGAGCAACGCGUUUUACAUGACUUCAAGGGAAAUCAGGCUGAGUCAAAAGAUGAAGCAUGAAAAGGACAGAUUGCUACUCUGUGACCACUACAGUCGUCGAAUUUCACAAGCGUACAGUCUGAUGAAUGAACUGCUGUCCGAGUCGGUACCGGUACCAGCACAGAAGCCAUCGCCCGGCAAGCCCAGGACUGCUCACACUUGCAGGCUGCAAAGCUCCCUUUCUCCAAGAAGAGAGACCCGAUAUGGUCACAACUUUCCAGUAAAUCGACCUGGAAAAGUCAGAAAUAUACCCAAACCAAGUUAUAUCCCAAAAGGGAAAUCUUUUGGGCAACCUCAGGGCUCACCUUGGCCACAUGGAACUAUCACUUUUACCCAGAAAAAAGCUGGUGGAGCCAGAGGGGCGCGGAGAAAGGCUGUGCACGCUCCAGUCACCUUCCGUAAAGGCUCUACUGCUCCCUGUCUACAGCAUUCAGAACAGCACAGGAGUGCUGGGCUUGGCCCUCACACCGAGCAGGUGUGUGCAGAGGACGAGAGAGAAGAGACUGUGGUGAGUCCCUGGCUGGUGCCCUCAGACAUCCGCAGGAUUCUACAUGGAAGUCACAGUUCCCUUCUACAGGACUUGUCACCAACGGAAGAAGAGCCAGCGUCCCCUACUGGAGAGGGUGGCAUGGACAGUGUGUCUGAGAGCACUGGCAGCAUCCUCAGCAAGCUCGACUGGAAUGCCAUCGAAGACAUGGUUGCCAACGUGGAAGACAAGAGCCUGUCCGUCCACUGGGCCCUGGAUCUGUAAGGCCUACACGCAUUCUGUCUCCAGGGCCAGCAGCGCAGUGGUGUGGGCUGGAGGGAGGGAAGAAAUGCAGAAAGUGACGUGAAUUAACUACCUGCAGCCAUAUCUUACCUGGACAAGUCAUUUCAAGGAGGAAAAUAAACAUUUCUCAAUAAUUUUGCCUUCAUGGAAAAGGGUUAUUUAAUUAUAGAUGUAUUAUAUGUUUUUGCAUUUGACUUAUGUAAUUUUUUAAAUGAUAAAAUAAAAUUCACCUUUCAAGCCGA